AUAUGCUACACUAUACUGGGUCGGCAAAAUCCAAAAUUUCUGGAAUUUUGCCAGGAUCAUCCGGGUGUUGUAGCUUCAGUAUUAUCUGGAGCUAGUCUUGCUACCAGUACAUGCAAGAAUCAAUUACGAUACGAUAUGUGGGGGUGUUACGGCGUUAAUGACAAAAUAACUCAUGUUAUUGUUUUUAGUAAUCGAGAAACUGCCUAUCUGUAUGCAUUAGCUUCAGCUGCUAUUGCCCAUACUUUAUACCGAGACUGUUCUAAGGGCAAAAUUAAAGAAUGCUUAUGUGAUUCUCAUCAAUCACUUAGAAAGACUGGGGAAGAAUGUCUUAGCAAUGCUGAUUGGAGCCUUAAAAUGACUAGAACCUUUACAGAUUUGUUCGAAUUCAAAUCUAAAUCGCCAAAUGCUAGAACUUUAAUGAACUUACAUAACAGUCAAAUAGGUCGCAAGAUAACUGCGAAACAUAUAAAGAAGAUGUGUAAAUGUCAUGGUACAUCUACUGCAUGUACUUAUAACACCUGUUGGAAUAUCUUGGUUAGUUUCGAAGAUAUCGGUCAGGAUUUAUUGAAUUUAUACCGAAAUGCUGCGUAUAUUACGAAAUCAAAUAAAGAUCAUACGCAGUUGAAGUCCAAACUUCGAUCUAAAUCAUUAUCAAAGAAACUGGUCUACCUACAGACGUCCGUCAAUUAUUGUCUAAGUAACCAUAAAAAAAGUGGUCCGGGCACCCGCGGACGAGAAUGUAAAAUGUCCGUUCCUACCAGUGACCCUGGACACUGUAACAAUCUAUGCUGUGGGCGAGGAUUAAUAACGAAUCUUACUAUAACUAACAAUAAUUGUAAAUGUACAUAUACUUGGUGUUGCCAAAUGGUAUGCGAAAAGUGUCUCAUUACAAGAUAUAAAUAUUACUGUAAGUAA